AUGUCUAGCGUCGAUGAUACCAAGUUGUCUCUGAAAGUGAUGAUCAACAAGCAGAAAUCCAAGGUACUAUUUGCAGAAGCCAACAGCUUCGUCGCCGACGCUUUGUUAGGCUUCCUCACCUUGCCACUAGCAAAAAUCUUGAGAAUUCUGAUAUAUCAUCAGAUCUUCUACGGCAACAAGGCACCAGUCAUUGGAUCUUUAACCUUUGCGCUCCUAAAUCUAUUAGUAAAUCGUAACUAUCUUAGUAAAAACGAUGAUGAUAAAUCGUUGUAUAUGGGAAGCAUGUCGUUGGCAGUUGAAUUCUGGAAUUUAUCAAUCAAUGUUUAUUCAAAAGAAGAUCAUGUUUGUUCAGACUCUAACUGCCCUCAUUCUGGAGACACAAAGACGCUCAAUAAUCUCGGCAUUUCAGACAUCCAUGGCGCGGAGCCAAAGACCUUGAAUCUUGGGUUUCAUGAUGUUGUGAAUCUGCUGAAGCUGUCUUUAAUUUCCUCGACUCCGUUGACGGAUCUAGUAUUCAAAAACUCUGAGAUAAACUCCAUCUCCCCAAAGAUUGAACCUAUUCACAUUGUGAGAGGAAAUAUUAACCAUGCAGCCAAGAUAAUUUUGAAAGUCUCUUUGCAAAAAUCGACGAAUAAAUUUUUGUUUGGUGAAGCUAAGGUGGAUUUCGUAGAGUUUCUUUUUAGUAUGCUCGCUCUUCCUCUAGCAGAAGCUGUGCGCCGCUUGGAUGGAAAUAUUCCUUUCAAGAAUAUUGACAAUUUAUACACCAGUGUAGCAGAUUUCAUCGACGAAGAAUAUUUUAGGGAUUACGACACAAAAACAAGCCUAACCAAUCCCAAAAUAGAUCGCGGUUACUUUUCCUUGAAAUCGAUUGUUCAAACUGAUGGCAAUCACGAAUCAAAAGUGUUUAUUGUAAAUGAUAAUUUAACAGUGGAGCCUUUUAGUAUAGCAACGAUGGUUUCGAAACUCAACCUCCUCGAAAUCUCCUUGUCGGAUGUGAAAGAAAUUGAGAUACACAUUGGAGCUAAAGAGGCUUUGGAGAUUUUGCGAGCUUCUCUGAUAUCAGAAACUGCGCUGACUGAUGCCUUAAUCACUCCCAUGCUCAACCGACUCCUAAAUCCAUCGCCUGAAACUGAAAUGCCGCUUUCAGCAACUGAAUUUGCGGCGGUGAGAGCUAAAGCAUGCGUGGCAGGGACCAUCCAUUGA